AAAAGAAAAGUAGAUAAAAAGCUUUUAAAAACUUAGAAAGAAGAGUAGUGAGAGAGUAGAAAUGAGAGCAUAAUAUUUGGUGGUUUGUGGCCAUUGGGUCACUCUCCAAAUUUCUGUUCUAUCACUGCAACAAAAACUGUCCUUUUAUAGCAAAACAAAACACUUUCUUGUCAUGUUUUCACUUAUUAUUAUUAUUGUUAUCACUCACUCCUAGCUACUACUACUAUACUACUAGUUGUAGUUGUGUUAUCUUUUCUUUUUAAGCCAAUGAGACUCUCUCUCUCUAGUUUCUCUCACUAAACUCAGUCCCUUUCUUCUAACUUUAUCUACAGUGUUUCACUUCAGUUGCUUGCUCUUUUCUUGGAAACAAAAUCUCAUCAUCUGAUCUGAUAUUCUUCUCUUUUACCAUAUUUCACAAAUCAUACCAUUUCUUUGCAGACUCAGCAGUGGGAAUCUUUUGUUCACUUUUUAGAUUUUUAUUUUAUUUUACUUACAAAUUUAAUUCAAGAUCCCAAUCCAUGCAAAUUCUUCCUCUCAUUAAUUGAUCCUAUUUUUGUGAUUCAUUCUCUUACCAAAACACCUCUUCAAGUGAAAGAAAAGCCAUUACUAGGUUGUUUAACUGUUUUGCUUUUUGAAGCUCACUGUUUGAAAAUCAAGAAACUUGAGGCAGCUCUUCAUCUGAAAAUCAAGAAACUUGAGCUAAUUCUCCAUCUGAAUAUCAAGAAACUCAAUCUGAAGAUCAAGAAACUUGAGGGUUCUUGAUCGAUUCAUCUUCUGUUUACAAACCCGGAAACAAGUGUACAGUAAGAAUCCAAGGACAAGAUCAGCUGCUAGCUAGCAAGAAGCAGGAUAAAUCUAUUACAGCAAGAUCAAGAUCCUGAUAAAAGGAAGCAAGAAAACCCUAAUCCCGACACUUUUGUUUUUGUCAUAUAUAUUUCAACAUGGAUUUAUCUUCCACUUCAGCGAACUCCACUUUUUCAAGCCAAAUAAUUGGUGGCAGCACAGUCACCACCGCCAACGCGGUCACCGCCACGGCAACCACACCAACAGCCACAUCUCCGGCUUCAACACCAAGCAGGUACGAGAAUCAAAAAAGAAGAGACUGGAACACAUUCUGCCAAUACCUAAGGAACCACCGGCCACCACUCUCACUGCCCAUGUGCAGCGGCGCUCAUGUUCUUGAAUUCCUCCGCUAUCUUGAUCAGUUCGGCAAAACUAAAGUCCAUAACCAAACUUGUCCAUUUUUUGGCCUGCCAAACCCACCGGCACCCUGCCCAUGCCCGCUUCGGCAAGCAUGGGGCAGCCUCGACGCACUCAUCGGACGGCUCAGGGCUGCUUAUGAAGAACAUGGAGGACGACCAGAAGGUAAUCCAUUUGGUGCAAGAGCUGUGAGGAUAUUUUUAAGGGAAGUUAGAGAUUUUCAAGCUAAAGCUAGAGGUGUUAGUUAUGAAAAGAAAAGAAAACGGCCUAAACCUAAAACGACACCGUUACCACCACCAGCACCACCGCCAUCUGCUGAUUCAGUUGCCGGAUAGUAAAAUCUAAGAACAUUGAUCAGACGAAGCUAUAUAUAAAUAUGUGGGACUCGUACAUCAGCAGGUUUAUCCAUGUGGGUAUUUUAUUUUCAAACUUUUUCUGUUCUUUUUUUCUCUUUAAAUAUGAUAAAAGAGAUUAUUUAUAAAUAUUUAUAUGAUGAUGAUGAUGGAUGAUGAAACUUCGGUUUGAUUUGUACAAGCUUAUGUUUUAGAUUUGUGGGUACCAUUGGAACUACUCUUUAAGGGACAAGCGACCUGGUAAUGAGCUCUUACUUGAACAUAUUUAAUAUUUAAGUUGUGAUUUUGUACUUGAACAUAUUUAAUCUUUUAAGUACUUAUAAUUAUCUCUUA